AACAUUUCGCUUUUGCAUGGUGCGUGUGUUUCGAACUUUGCGGGUAAAGUAAAGGUAAAGUGCAUAAGAGCGCGCGUCCGGUUGAGAGCAUUCGUCGUCCUCUACUCACCAGUGCCCGAGGGCGAAACCAGCAAAGUGCUAGAAAGUUAAUGAAAGUUUUAUCACCCGAUGCUUCCACGUAGAAGUAAACAGAGAGAAAUAAAAUAAAUUAAAUGAAAUGAAAUGUGGUGUGAAUUUCCCGGCAUGACUAGUGCGUGUAACAAAUAACCUAGGACCUUGUUGUCAUUUGCGGAAUUCGACGACAACCAGACAAUGUUUCCUCGUAAUCAGUCAGACUCAAUUUGUGCCACUUGUUAGCAGUGCGGUACGUGUCUGCCGGAGCCUGUAUGGUGAUAGGAGAUAAAUAGGAAUUUGAUAAUAACAGCCACCGUCUUGCUGUUUUUUUCCUGUCGCUCCACCCAGCAGCAGUGUUGAAUUGAAAAGAGAAGCCGUGAACAAGCGUGCGCAUCUUCACGUCUCCUUAGCCAGACCUUGGCAGCCAAACAACACCGAAGCUCGUCUGGCUUGUUAUGGUUCAUCAUCCUGCCGGAACGGGGCUGGAAUUAAUGAUUCUUAUACAUCUUCCUAGCAGCGACACGCGAAACGCCGCCGGAUGUUCUUGUGAAUUUGAGUGUUGAAGAGGAAAGACGUGACGGAUGGUGAAACUUUGCUCGCAGGCGACAAUUUAAUCUGCUUUGCUCUUACACUGCGCUAGGAGGGUUCAAACUCAUCACGAUGUGGAACAUGGCGUACAAUGGACUGUCGCAGCAUGUCGACUUUCUGAGGCUGCCCAAUCCGAGCGACCGCUUCGAGCUACUGGAUUUGAUUGGUGAGGGAACCUACGGGGAGGUGUACAGUGCGAGAGACAAACACAGCGGCCGGAAGUAUGCCGUUAAGAUACUGGAAACGAUUGCCGAUAACAUCGAAGAGAUCGAGGAAGAGUACUUGGUCCUGCGAGAUUUGUCGAAGCAUCCAAACAUACCGGACUUUGCCGGUCUUUUCCUGAAGCGGGGUGCAACGGUCGAAGAUGAUCAACUUUGGUUCGUGCUUGAGCUCUGCACUGGUGGAUCAGUCACCGAUCUGGUCCAGGGUCUGCGCAAUCGGGGAGCACGGCUGUCGAACAACCAGAUUGCGUACAUCCUGCGGGAAACGGUAAGUGCGUUGGUGUUCUUGCAUGAGAACCACUGCAUGCACAGGGAUAUCAAGGGGCACAACAUUCUGCUGACCGAAAAUGGACACGUCAAAUUGGUUGAUUUUGGGGUUAGCUCACAUUUGGCCGCUACAAUGGCCCGCCGGAACACCAGCGUCGGUACACCAUACUGGAUGGCUCCGGAGGUGAUAGCCUGUGAGCAGCAGCUUGAUCAGUCCUAUGAUUCACGAUGCGACGUUUGGUCGGUCGGCAUAACGGCUAUUGAGCUAGCCGAAGGGGAUCCCCCACUGUGUGAGCUGCAUCCAAUGAGGGCACUGUUCCAAAUUCCGAGAAAUCCUCCACCAAAAUUGAGUCAUCCAGAGCAGUACUCGGCGAUGCUGUCGGAUUUCAUUUCCGAGUGCUUGGUGAAGGAUCUCGAGCAGAGACCGUUUUCGAAAGAACUGAUUACGCAUCCAUUUCUGAAGGCUGUUGGGCCAUACGUGGAUCAAAUUCGUCAAGAUUUGAAGAGCGAAAUUCAGAAGCAGAGAUCAGAUGGUAGAGCUUCACGCCAAGCGGAGGCCACCACGAAGUACGGCAAAUUAAAAUCCGAUCGAAAGUCAAAACCACAAAAAAUGUACAUGGAUGAUUUGGCCGCGCUGGAUGUACUGACGGAAGAUACGAUCGUGGAGCAGCUCCAGAAACGGUUCGAAACUAACCAAAUCUACACCUAUAUUGGAGAUAUCGUGGUGGCAGUGAAUCCAUUCUCUCAAUUAGGUUUGUAUACGACCUACCACCAGAAAAAAUACUCCGGCAAAACACGGUCGGAUAAUCCGCCGCACAUUUUUGCGGUAGCAGAUGCUGCCCACCAGGCUUUGGUUCAUCAGAAGCAGAAUCAAGCCAUCGUAAUUUCUGGCGAAAGUGGAUCUGGCAAAACGGAAAGCGCUAACCUCUUGCUAAAACAGUUGGUUUAUCUGGGCAAAGCAGUUACCAAAAAUCUGGAGGAACGGAUCCUUCAGGUCAAUCCAAUUAUGGAAGCUUUCGGAAAUGCUAGAACUGGAAUUAAUUCGAACAGUUCUCGCUUCGGAAAGUAUCUAGAGUUAACCAUGGCUCGUAGUGGAAAGGUUAAUGGAGCUAGAAUUUUUGUUUACCUGCUGGAGCAAAGCCGAGUGGUCAAACAAGCUGAGGGUGAAGGAAAUUUCCACGUUUUCUACUAUAUGUAUGACGGAUUGCAAUCGGAGAAGCGGCUGGAAGAGUAUUAUCUUCAUCCGUCCUACCGGAAGACUCAUCGUUACCUCCAGGAAACCUCAACGUUACCGAAAACCAACGUUGACCGUUGGAAGCAGUUGUUAGCUAGCUUUAAGGUGCUUGGCUUUCGCGAUGAUGAAGUGGAUAUGGUGAACCGAGUGCUGGCGGCCAUUCUGAAUCUGGGCGACAUGGAGUUCGGGGAGGUCGAUUCUAAUGACAACACUGACAGCAAAGCGCGGGUGAUUGAUGUCGCACCGAUGCACCGAGUGUCCAAGUUGCUUGGUGUAGAGGCUGCGGAUUUACUGGAAGCUUUGACCUCGAACUCGGUUGUGACCCGCGGGGAAACGAUAACGCGGCACAAUAAUGUCUCGGAGGCGUGCACGGCUCGGGACGCCAUGGCAAAGGGUUUGUACGGGCGGCUAUUCGAUUGGAUGGUCAAUCAGAUCAAUUUGCUGCUGGUGCAUAAUCGACCGAAUAAUGGCCCUGAACAGUUGGCCGUCGGACUGCUAGACAUCUUUGGAUUCGAAAACUUCCCCAAAAAUUCGUUUGAACAACUAUGUAUCAACAUCGCCAAUGAACAAAUACAGUACUAUUUCAACCAGCACAUCUUCACCUGGGAGCAACAGGAAUACAUGGCCGAGGGAAUUCCGGUUGACAUGGUGGAGUUUGCCGACAACCGUCCCGUACUAGACAUGCUUCUAAGUCGGCCUCUUGGCUUAUUGGCACUACUGGAUGAAGAAUCACGAUUCCCGAGAUCGAAUGAUCGAUCGCUGAUUGAGAAGUUCCACAACAACGUCAAAUCAAAGUUUUACCAGCGCCCGAAGUCAGACGCAGUCUGUUUUGCGAUCCAUCACUUCGCUGGGCGCGUCGUCUACCAGGCGGAUGGUUUCCUGGAGAAGAACCGCAACUUUUUGCCGGCGGAAAUCAUCCAACUGAUCCGCCAGAGUCAGUACGACAUGAUUCGAUUCCUGUUCCAAUGCCCGAUCACCAAGACGGGCAACCUGUACUCGGCUAUCCAGGACACCGGAUCGCGACAGAACGUGUCCAGCUUCAUCAAGGUUGACACUAAGGAAAAGUUCAACUCCCGUGGCCUGGCAUCGCAGUCGAGGGCUCAGCAAACGGUGGCUACCUAUUUCCGCUAUUCGUUGAUGGAUCUGCUGCAGAAGAUGGUUACCGGAGCACCGCAGUUCAUUCGGUGCAUCAAGCCGAACGACAUGAAAGCGGCGAAAAGCUUCGAACCAACCAAGGUUCUGAAGCAGCUGCGCUACACCGGAGUGCUCGAGACGAUCCGCAUCCGUCAGCACGGAUUCAGCCACCGGUUGGCGUUCGCUGAGUUCUUGAAGAGAUACUACUUCCUCGGCUACGGAUUCGAGGAACGCGUCGUCGCUAGCCGGGAUUCAUGUCGUUUACUUUUAGUGCGUCUAAAAAUGGAUGGAUGGGCACUCGGGAAAUCCAAGGUGUUCCUUAAGUACUACCACAUAGAAUAUCUGUCCAAAUUAUACGAGGAUCACGUUCACAAAAUUGUGCUGGUGCAGGCUUGCGUCCGUCGCUGGUUGGCUAAGGCCCGUGUCAAGCGGGAGAGAAUGCAACGAGUGGCUCUCUGUGCCGUUACGCUGCAAAGGCACGUCCGAGGUUGGUUGACCAGACGUCGCAUGAAUAGAAUGCUGCGUGAAAAACAGGAAAGAGAGCGUCUGGAACAGGAGCGCAUGGAGAAGGAAAGAAUAGCGCGGGAGAAAAAGAACAAUGAACAAAACAAAGCUAAACAGGCGAAGGCGAAGCUCAUUCAUCAGAUGGCUAAUAACAACGAGUUGAUCAAAGCUUCGGAAAAACAAAACACGGAUGGAAACAACAAAGAAAACGAGAAAGCCGCGAUCGUAAUUCAGAGCUACUACCGCGGGUACACCAUCCGCAAGCUUAAACUGACUCCGGAACUAGAAGCUAAAACCAAAUACAUUCUGGGAAUCGCCCGAAACCGUGUAGAAGCCCAACGAAUGAUACAGAAAGAAGGCUUCUCGAGGGAAGACGCCGCUCGCAUAAUCCAACGCUACUACCGCACUCACAAGAGCAAGAAGAAGGGUCCAUCGCCGCAGCCGACCAAACCGCUCUCCACCAAAGACCAGCAGAUGAAUUUGAUCUCUUUCUCGCAGAAUGUGCACAUGCUCAACCAAGAGGUUCACAAGAAUCUACGGUCCAACAAGAGCGGAGUGCCACUGGAUGCCAUAGAGAAGCUACCCAGCGAUUACAAACGGCCGCCGGGGUUUGUACUAGUUCCAGGGCUGCUGGGCACGGUUCCUGGAGGCGACUACAAUAAGUACAGUUCGUUCCGCAGUGCGGGAGACUGUGACCACGAGAUGACCAAGGAGUUGCUCCAGAGUCCGGCCAUCCCCAGCGAU